AUGGAGGCAUGGUGGUUGUGUUGCAACAGAAUGAAACCAAAAAGCUCACUAUAUUGCAAUUAUUUCGAACCCUUUCGGAAAUUCAUUGGUCGAAUAUUAUAAACCAUUACUCAUUUCAUUCAUACUAUGAAUUUCAGAGGUUUUCUUUUAGUUUUAGCAGUUUUCCUCAGCGUUUUAAGAAUAUGUCAUGUAGAGAACCCAGAAGUAGGUACAGGGUCAAAACCUUCCUUAAAUGGCCAAAAUAAUUCGCUAAACGUUGAGGAGGAGAAUGAGGUAAAAUCUAAUGGGGAGUUGUCAGAUUCAUCAUCGUCAUCAUCAUCAUCAUACACCACUUCAUCACCCUCGUCAUCUUUUUCAUCAUCAUUGCCAUCAUCUUCAAGCCCCGAAGCAUCAACUGAUAGUCCCUCUACCUUCUCUUCCAAGAGAAGUAUUUCUUCAUCAGAACUAGAACAGCUAGUUAUUCCCACAGUUGCACCAGCCACUCCUCAUUUUGACACAGAAACCAUUACUUCAACUUCAUCAGUUAUCGUUAGUGUCACUGAAUCCAGUCAUCAAGAAAAGAUGCCUGUAGAAGAGCCAGCACCCCAGCAGGAAUUUUUAUUGGCAUCUGGCAUCAAGCCUGAGGGAAUAAAAACAUGUAAAAGUGAAGAAAAGGGAAAGAAUGCUGAGAUACAAGAAAGCAAAGGUGCUGAAGAGAAACUUAUUCAAGAUGAAACUGCACCUGAAAAACCACAGGAAGAACAAAGCAGUGUGGUAACAUCAUUACCUACCCCUGAAGGUGUACCGGAUAAGAAAGAUGCUGAUUCUUCUGCCAGUGUAUUUAAAGAUAAAAAAGAGGAAGAACCUAAAGAUAUAAAAGAGGAUACAAAAGACAAAGACGAAAAGGAGGAAACAAAAAGCAAAGAAGAAUCUAAGGACAAAGAAGAUGACAGUAUAACAGCUGAACUAAAACAGGCAGAAGAAGAAACAAAAUCCACAUCUGAAGAAAUGCCAUCAUUUGAUGAAUUCAAAAGACAACACCUACAAGAAGAGGAAAAACAGAAAAAUAUACUGAAACAGCAAAAGGAAGUCAAAGGGUCUGGCCCUGAAACCAUUGAUAAACACAAGCCUCGAAAAAUCAAACAAAGAAAACAAAAUAAUUAUGCAUCACUAGACUGUGGAGCCAAAAUACUAAAAGCAAAUCCUGAAGCUUCUAAUAUAUUUGCUAUUCUUCAAGAUAACAGAGACUUAUAUAUGUUGAAUCCCUGCAGUGCCAAGAUCUGGUUUAUCGUAGAGUUGUGUGAUAACGUACAAGUCAAGACUAUUGAAAUUGCAAACUUUGAGUUGUUCUCGUCGACGCCUGAGAGCUUUAAGGUGUACGUGAGUGGGAGGUACCCCACUCGGGAAUGGACUCUACUGGGUACAUUUCAAGCAAGGCAUGAAAGAAAUUUACAGAGUUUUCCUUUGGAUGAGCCUAUUUAUGCUAAAUACAUUAAGGUUGAGAUGCUAAGUCACUUUGGCUCUGAACACUACUGUCCACUCACUUUAUUCCGAGUCUUUGGUAUAAGCAUGAUGGAAGAACUCGAAGAUCACGAGGCAGAUGCCCAAGAUGAUGCUGAUGCGGGUGAUGAUGAUGAUGGUGCACAAGUGUUACCUUCCGACCCAUCUGUCAAGAACGACGAAAAUAAGUCUAAAUCAAACAUUCUUGCUACUGUUGGGGAUACUUUGUUCAAUAUUGUUAAAGUCGCUGCUAAGAAGCUAACAGGUGCGACAGACAAUGAAAAGAAUCUUACGGGUGACAGUCAUGGAACAUCAACUGUGGCUCCUCCAUCCAGUAUUGUGUCUUCAACAACAUUAAAAGAAAAGGGCGAUAAACCAAGUAUAGUGACAUUGAUCCCCAGCGAUGAUGAAGAUGACAAAAUCCAGGAUACAAAACAAAACAAUAAAACAACUAAUGGCACUAGUUCCACUGAACCUACGAAACCAGAACAGGAAAACGUACGAGAUAAUACUAAUUUUUAUGAUAAAAUCGAUCCGGAUAGCAACCGAGGUUCAAAGACAGCCUCUGCAUUUUCAAGCUGUGAAUUAUUUGUGCGCAUGCUCGGUCAUUCGAGUUUCGGGUGCAUGAUGGGUAAAGUGUUGUACUCCAAGAGAAAGCAUCACGGUUUUACCCCUAGGGAGGAGUCACCUGCUAAACAAAAGACAAGUGCAGGAAGCGUAAAGGCACCUCCUGGGAGCGAUGGCAGGACAGAGACGAACACUGAUAAGGGAAAGGAAGACUCCAAGAAAAACGAAGAAAAGAAGGAAGGAGAGAAAGAAAGUGAAAAGGUGGAAGAAAAAGGGAAGAAAAAGGGGAAAGAAAAAUACGAUGAGAAUAUUAAAGAGCCUAUUGUACAAAAGGAAGAGAAUGGAAUUGAAAUUAUUUCUAAAGAUGAAACAAAACAAAAAGAACCUUCGGUAGAGACUAAAGGCUCCUCUGACUUGAACGCAGAAAAAGUAAGCAAAGAAAAUGAACAAAAGAUCAUUAAUGGCGUAGUUGAUCCAGUCAUAAUAGUCCAGCCUAGUGAAGUACAACCACCAAUCAUAAAACCAUGUGAUGCUAGCGCUGAGAAGAAGGCCACGCCGGUAUUGAAAACUGCCUCUAUACUAACCACCCACCCCUCUGGUGAUAUCAAAGAGUCUCAAUCCACCCAGACGACAAGUUCUGAUAUUGAACCUACUUUAAAAACUCUUGAGAAGUCAAAAGAAGAAGCAUCGGAAUCACAGAACCGUGCAACUAUUGAUGAUGUUUCAAAGAUUACACCCGAUGUGAAAGACGGAGUCAUAAUUAGUGAAAAUACAGGAAAGGAAAGCAUCGAUACGAAAUCUACAGAAACUAUAACAAGUAAGAAUGAAGAGACUAAAACAGAGGAAGGCUCUUCUGCAUCCUCUAUAGUGGACCAAUCUUCUUCAGGUGUAAAGGAUACAUGUACCUCGCUUGAUUCGUUAGAUAAGUCAAUAAUCAAACCAUCGCUCCCCCCACCGUCCAAGUGUAAAGCACCAAGUAUCGAAACACCUAACAAGGACGUUGAUGUCUUAGAGUUUAAAAUACUGGACAGCGCUGGUAGGGAAGGGACAGCACACCUUGAAAAACCAACGGAUACACCGGUUAAACCUGACAAACCUGUUCCUGAACCAGAUAAACCAGUUUUGGAGAAGGAACCAAUCGAGGAUACCAAGGAAGAAAAACCGGAUGCCGAUUCACAGAGCAGCAGUGAACCUUCUUCAGCUCAAAAUACUAGUGAUGUGACACGUGCUUCACCAACUGAAGACCUGACUGUAUCGAGUUCCAGUGUUGAGCCAACAAAACCAAGUGUUGUUAUUCCCGAUUCUCCACCAGAGCCACCAACCAACCCCCCUGAUGUAAAACCUACUGACUCACCCGAGUCCAUAAGCCCACUAUCCCCUCCCCCAGUGGAUAAACUCCCCAUACCACCUCCCCAAAGUAGUAUCGAAGCUUCUAUUUCAGAUGACUUAUCGUCGGUACUAAGCAAGGCCCCUAGUAGUGCUACUCCAGGGGCUCAGGGACUUGCAAGCAGUGGGGCUCAGAAGGAGUCUAUUUUUAUGCGCCUUACCAACAGGAUAAAGGCCCUAGAACAGAAUCUUACUCUGAGUACGUUGUAUAUGGAAAAGCUGAACCAAAAGUACCGUAAGAUUGUCGAGGAUAUGCAAAAGAAUUUGGACAAGAAGGUUAACCUGUUGACUAACGCCACAAGAAAAGCUGAAGCAGUGAUAAAGAGUCAAAAGGAACAAAUAUCGGCGUUACAAUCCAAGGUAGACGACACUAGCCGCGACAUGAAGAAAUUUAGCAAACAAUUGAAGAGUUUAAACAUACAGGUUAUGGAACGACACAUCAUUGGUUUAUUUCUGGAAGUGAUCCUCAUCAUGAUCCUGUUCAUAGUAUUUAGAAGAUGGGACCGAGCUAGGAUCAGACGGGAUAUCUUACGGGAAUCCCGAAUGAACGGGACAAUCUUGAGGUCACAUUUUCAUCUCGAUCAUACAGAGGACAGAGCGUUAGGAAAAAUGCUGAAUGGUCAACUGAAUGGUCGGGAACAGCUUCAGCGUAGUUUUCUCAAUCCUAUUAAACCUGAAACAAUUGGUGUGUUACCGGAGCCCGUAACAUAUCGACACAAGGAAGAGUAUUUCCCUCUGCUGGAUGUUAAAAAGAAGCGCAAUCGUAAACGACCCAAAAGCGGCGUAAUAACCGAGACAAAUCAAGCUAAAGCUGUAAGCGAAUCAACCAAUCAAACUCCACCCAGUAGCUUAGUAAGUGCCACCGCUGGACUUCUGUUUAAUCCUACACGCGGGCUCUUCAACGGCUUUAAGAGAUCACAGUCUUUGGAUGAUUCUCAAAGUAAUCGGAAGUCAUCCCUGCCUUCAACAUCCAGGCUUCAAAAGACCAAGAGCAUGAAUGUAACUCAAGAAAACACAGAAAAGAAUUCUUUUUCUAUGGGUAACUCCAAGAAGGGGCGGAUUAUGAAUAGAUAGGUUAUGUCCGCGAGAUAAUAGUGAUGCGUCUGUAGGAUAUUUCAUAGUGGCACUAGGGGCGUAAGCAGGAAUUCCAUCUAGCCACCCUCCCCGCUCCAAAAACACAUGUACGCACACGUAAUUGACCAUUUUCAAUUUCCAAAUUACCGCUGUGUUCCUUGAUUACAGACUGAUUAACUCAGUCUUAGCUUCGUAACUGUCUUGAUAUUCACAAAUACCAACGGCAAGGUGAAGAAUGCACAACUUCAACAAUACAAACACUUUUAAAUUCCAUGGACCUUCAAUGGAACACGUGAAUAUUCUGGACAAAGACGAGACUAACCCUGAGCAACAGAGAACUCGAAACUGGAGUAUUAUAAAACUUGCUAAUGCAGGGCUAAACAUUACUACCGGUCAUCGGGCACUGUCCGGCUAGAAUUGGAACUUAUCCGGUCAAAUCUUUUCAUUGCCGAUGAGUUUGACCAGUUAAGUUGAGCCAAAAAAAUAAAAUAAUAUAUAAGAUAUAAUUUGGUCGGUCAACAUGACUAGCGACGUGACCAGCCGUUUAUUUAGCCCUGCUAGUGUGAAUGAGAACACAGGCACCCCAAGACUCCCUGGAAAUAGCCCUUUGUGUAUAAGGCCAUCACUAGACAGGAUAUUCAUAGAAGAGCUAGUGUUAAAAUAAUAUCCGGUGGAUUUUAAAUUGACUUUAAUUGAGAUUUUGUCAGCAAGCACUUAGAGUGCAGGUAAAAGGUUGCAAAAGAUAUCUAUAAUCAAUUUGACGUCUGAUUCCUAGGAGUCCUGAUAUUAAAUGCACAACAUAUCACUUUAUCACAACACCACAUGUAGAUGAUACAAGAAGUAUAUAUUUAUUUGUGAUGAUUGUAUACAAAAAUUAUUUAAACACAAAUAAUAUUUCUGUAGAACGCUUUCAAUGAAAGCUACAUGUAGUAUUUUUUCCCUAGUGCUCCCACUAUAAUAUAUAUGACUUAAGGAUCAUUCGUUUUUGUGGGAGGGGGGUGGGUAAAGGGUUAGGAGGGUUAGGGUCUUAAAGUUUUCAAUUGUCCAUCCUUCCCUCCGAUAAGCAAUGAAUGGUCCUGAACGAAUUGUCGUCUGUGUUGGACAAAUUUCCCAUUGAUAAAAAUAUUCUGUAUACCCACCCGCCCCCAACUUCCAACUUACCCCCGGGACAGGACACAAAUUUCAUGUCACUUCCUGACUUCCUAAAUCUUGGAAAAACUUGGGAAAUGAAAUAUAUGAAUAUCAAUAUAUAUUUGACAAUAUUAGUUACUCACAUUAUCAACAUAUUAUAUUUUGUAGUUUUUUAAUCGAAAUUAUUUAAAGAAAUUAAAGACUGCAUUAAGUCAGUUUAGCUUCCUCUGCACGCGUCUCUCUUUUCUGUCUUCUUUUUUUUAUUUUAUUGGGCGACCUGUGCCAACACUAGAUUAUUGUCAAAAAAGGGCUCCUCCUCAGUACUAGUUUUCCUCUCUUCGCUUGCAACAGGAAUACCAGAAGAAGAAAAAAAUGAAAACCAUAAAGCGAGAUGCGCGUUGAGGAAGCUAUAUCAGAUAUCGGUUAGAAUAAAAUAUUGAAAAGCUGGC